UGCGCUGUGUUUGCCGUUGAUGAGAAUUUAACUGUUUAUUUACAUUCGUUUGUUUUCGUGUGAGGAAAAAAUAAACAAUCUAAAAUUUGUUACCUGACAUUUUUUCGCCCCUCAGUCAUAAGGCUGUCAGGAAUAUUAAAAAAGCCUAAACUGGAGGGAAAAAUCGCAAGAACGUGAGAUGAAAUGACAACGUCAACAUUACAGAAAGCCAUCGAUCUGGUCACCAAAGCCACAGAGGAGGACAAGGCCAAGAAUUAUGAGGAGGCUCUGAGACUGUACCAGCACGCUGUGGAGUAUUUUCUACAUGCCAUCAAGUAUGAGGCUCACAGUGAUAAGGCGAAGGAGAGUAUUAGGGGGAAGUGUAUGCAGUACCUGGAGCGGGCAGAGAAGUUGAAGGCCUACCUGAGGAACAAGGACAAGCAGGGCAAGAAACCUGUGAAGGAGACACAGAGCAAUGACAAGAGUGACAGUGAUAGUGAAGGUGAGAACCCAGAGAAGAAGAAACUGCAGGAGCACCUUAUGGGUGCUAUAGUGAUGGAGAAGCCGAAUGUGAGCUGGAGCGAUGUGGCUGGACUGGAGGGAGCUAAAGAGGCACUGAAGGAAGCCGUCAUCCUGCCAAUCAAAUUCCCUCACCUCUUCACAGGUAAGCGGACUCCAUGGAGAGGGAUCUUACUGUUCGGACCUCCUGGUACAGGAAAGUCAUAUCUGGCUAAAGCUGUAGCUACAGAGGCUAACAACUCCACCUUCUUCUCCGUUUCCUCAUCUGACCUCAUGUCCAAAUGGCUGGGAGAGAGCGAGAAGUUGGUGAGAAAUCUUUUUGAGCUUGCUCGUCAGCGUAAACCCUCCAUCAUCUUCAUUGACGAGGUGGACUCUCUGUGUGGCUCACGAAGUGAAAAUGAGAGUGAAGCGGCUCGCAGGAUCAAGACCGAGUUCCUCGUUCAGAUGCAGGGUGUGGGGAAUAAUAAUGAUAAAAUCUUGGUUCUCGGUGCUACUAACAUCCCGUGGGUUCUAGAUGCCGCCAUCAGGAGAAGGUUUGAGAAACGUAUCUACAUCCCGCUUCCCGAUGAACCGGCUCGGGCUGCCAUGUUCCGUCUGCAUUUAGGAAACACGCCCCACAGCCUGAGUGAGGCUGACCUGCGCCAACUCGCAAACAAGACUGAUGGCUACUCCGGCGCUGACAUCAGCAUCAUCGUCAGAGAUGCUCUCAUGCAGCCUGUCCGCAAAGUGCAGUCCGCCACACACUUCAAGAAGGUACGAGGUCCAUCCCGUAGUAACCCCUCUGUGAUGGUGGAUGACCUUUUGACCCCAUGUUCCCCUGGUGACCCUGCUGCCAUAGAGAUGACCUGGAUGGACGUGCCUGGAGACAAACUGCUUGAGCCCAUAGUGUGUAUGGCCGACAUGCUGCGCUCUCUGUCCACCACUCGGCCCACGGUGAACGCUGAAGACCUGCUGAAGGUGAAGAGGUUCACUGAGGACUUCGGACAGGAAGGCUGAGGAUCAACAAAUACCUGCCCAUCAAUCACACACAAACUCCGCCCCUAUGGACUGAGCCCCGCCUAAACCCACCCUAACAUGUCACUGUAUAGCUGGACUUCCUGUGUGCAGUGCUGAAAAUGAAGGAGCGUUUACUUUUGCACAGUUGUGUGUGUGCGCGUGUGUGUGUGCAGCCUGUAGCUCUUAUUGUAUGUGAACUGACUGUGUGUGUGUGUGUGUGUGUAUUUAUAUGUGCAAACUAUCACACACACAUACACACACACGCACUGCACUGCUUAAGCUCAGUAUUAUUUAUUUAUUUUCUCUCCCCUCAUUUCAGACUAUUAUUAUCAUCAUCACUGAACAAAGACAUUAAAGCAGCAGUA